AUGACAAUAAUUCACCUCGUCUUCUGGAAUUGCUCCUUCAAUAUCUAUAUUUGUAUCCAUUCUAAUUUUCCACAUCUUGAAAGAAAGUCAAGAUCUCGCAAGACAAUUCAGCUCCUUCAGACCAUAAUGUUAACCUACUAUAAUUCCACAUUCCCUACCUUCUUCCUGACUGGGGUCCCUGGACUUGAAUGGGCCCAUGCCUGGAUCUCCAUCCCCUUCUGCUGCCUCUACUUAACUGCCCUCUCUGGGAAUACCUUGAUCCUUCUCAUAGUCCUCACUGAGCAAAGCCUCCAUGAGCCCAUGUACUAUUUCCUCUCCAUGUUGUCCACCACUGACAUUGGCUUAUGCCUAUCUACAAUGGGAACAGUACUGGGAAUAUUCUGGAUCAAUAAACAGGAAAUCAGCUUCAAUGCCUGCUUAUCACAGAUGUUCUUCAUUCACCUCUUCACAUUCAUGGAAUCUUCAGUGCUCCUGGCUAUGGCCUUUGAUCGGUUUGUGGCCAUUUCUAACCCCUUGAGGUAUGCUACCAUUCUAACUCAUGCAAGGAUUGCUCAGAUUGGUGUGGCAGUCAUUACCAGAGGUACUAUCAUUCUGAUACCACUAGUCCUACUUCUUAAGCGCCUAUCAUUCUGCCACAGCCACGUGCUCCAUCACUCCUAUUGCUUCCACCCUGAUGUGAUGAAGCUCUCCUGUUCAGAUACAAAGAUCAAUAGUGCUUUUGGAUUAACUGCAAUAAUCUCUACUGCUGGGGUAGACUCUAUCUUUAUCCUGCUUUCCUAUGUCUUGAUCAUUCGCUCAGUUCUCGACAUUGCAUCCCCAGAGGAGAGAAAAAAGGCUUUCAGCACCUGCAUUUCUCAUAUCACUGCUGUAGCCAUAUUCUACAUCCCCUUGAUCAGCCUAUCUUUUGUUCACAGAUUUGGAAAACAUGCUCCACCCUAUGUGCCCACACUAAUUGCUAAUGUAUACUUGCUCAUUCCACCUGUGAUGAAUCCCAUCAUUUAUAGCGUGAAAACAAAGCAGAUUCAAAAAGCUAUGAUCAAACUCUUAUGUUCCAAGAGAAGUCAUAUUUAA